CCCGUGGUCUCCCCCGCCCUGGUGGCCACCCUGCGUGAGGCGGUGACGGACGCGCUGUUGGAGUCGGGGCUGGGGGCGGACCGGGCGGCGGCGGAGGCGGCAAUCACACCGCAGGGAACCAUUGCACUGGAGCAGGUGGGCCCCCACUCCCUGUGCGCCCUGCUGGGCGUGCUGGUGACCGCCAAGCGCAUGAACACGCGGCACCUGCGCUCGCUGCUGGGCAGCUUCAGCUACAACAACCCGCAAAACUACCUGGGGGGCGGCGGCAACAACAACAACAACAACAACAACAGCGCCGCUGGUGUCAGCCGUGCAGACAGCCAGGCCAGCCCUGGAGAAGGG